UGUGUGUGUGUAUGUGUUUCAGGGCUGCUGUGUGAUCUGCUGUGGUCGGACCCUGAUAAAGACGUUCAGGGUUGGGGUGAGAACGAUCGCGGCGUGUCCUUCACCUUCGGUGCGGAUGUGGUCAGCAAAUUCCUCAACCGGCACGAUCUGGAUCUCAUCUGCCGCGCGCAUCAGGUGGUCGAGGAUGGUUACGAGUUCUUCGCCAAACGCCAGCUGGUCACGUUGUUCUCGGCGCCGAAUUACUGCGGCGAGUUUGACAACGCUGGAGGAAUGAUGAGCGUCGACGAGACCCUGAUGUGCUCCUUCCAGAUCCUGAAGCCGUCGGAGAAGAAGGCGAAGUAUCAGUACGGCGGGAUGAACUCGGGGCGACCCGUGACUCCGCCCAGAACGGCCACGCCCCCAAAGAAGCGCUGAGGGGGCGGAGCCACAACUCUAGUCUGGCAUGAAGACUGUCUUGAAAAUACAAAUGUAGUUAAAGAAAUCACGUUGUUGUUUUUUUUUUUUCUUUUAAGGCAUAUUUUAUUUUGCGUUUGGUUUGAUUUGACCUCUGAAUCUCUCUGUGUGCUGCUUUCGUUUGACUGUAACGUCACGUUUCCCAGUGUUUGAACACUCGCUCUGGUCGCGUAUCAGGGCGCUUCAUUGCAGCUUUUCUCGACUGCUCUGCGUCUAACAGGACGAUGUGCGUCGACUAGGUGUUUUUGUAGUCAGGCGUUUCACUCUUCGGGCCUGUUUGAGUCAAACCGGUUCAUAACAUCUGGAUUUUCAGUAAUAAAGUUUAACGAAGCUUUGACGUGCCAGUAUGUUUUGAAGCCUCUUGUAUGACGUGUCUCUUAUAAACUGUGUCCCUUUAUUAGUUUCUACUAAAACUGUGUGCUUCACUGGUGAUGAAGAAGCAGAUGUUUGUCUGUAUGUAGUCAGACUGUACUGUAUGGAAACCCGUUUAUAUGAAGAAUAAAGAAAAAAGGUCAUUGCAA